GGCGGAGGGAGAGGAGCGGGAAGAUGGCGGCGCUGGGCUCUCCGCUGCAGACGUUGCGCGGGCUGCUCCGCGAGCUGCGGCACAUCAGCGGGCGCGCCUACCGCGACACGGCCGCCUACCGGCACGUCCUCGCCGCCUUCCGCGCUCACCGGGUGACCAGUGAGAAGCUGUGCCGGGCCCAGCAGGAGCUGCACUUCCAGGCCGCCACCUACCUGUGCCUGCUGCGCAGCGUGCGGCAGCACCAGGCCCUGCAUCGCGAGUACCACGGCCGCGGGGAGCGCUCCCCCGAGGAGGUGGCGGGGUUGGUGGGCUUCAGGCUGCCCCGGCAGCCGGGGGGGAAGGGCUGAGGCCGCCCCGUGCCGCCCGCUGCUCGGCGCCGAAUAAACGCCCUCGGCUCUGGA